CUGAUUAUUGAAGGGUGUUUGUUAAUUACGAAGUGAACGAGGACAAUCGGGAGCGCGUUCAUGAACUGAGUCCUUUACGCGAGUGCCCAUUGUGUAAAUGGGAGGCGGCAACGCAAUGCGAAGCAAAAAAAUCCAUAACUCAAAAGUAGAGCAGCAGCAGCAGAAGCACAAGCAGUUGGUGUAACAGCGGGCGGAGGAGGAGCGGGAGGCGCAGCAUCCUCGUCAUGGAACCCCCAGCGGCGGCGGCAGUGGCCCUGACGCCGUUGCUGGCAUGCUGCCUGGCGGACUCCAGGAAUCCAUCGGAUGUCGUGCCCCACACAGCCAGGCCCAGUUCAGGUGUUGCUGAUGAUGCGGACGAUGAUGAUGAGGAAGAGGAGGAGGAAGAAGACGAGGAUGAUGCCAAGGAUGAUGCGUACUACGAGGCGCGCAACGGCAACGAAAGCGACGAGCUGGAAAAUGCCUUUCAAAGUGCUUUAACACUUGCCAACGCUCACCCGGAGGUGAGCAUCAGCGAUGUGGACGAGGCGCAGCAACCCCCCAGUGGUGCCCGUGCCCCUGCCUCAGACUCUGCCUCUGCCAAUGCCUCUGGGUCUGGCUUGAUGGAUGUCCCUGUGGUGAUUUGCAGGAAACGUGAUAAUUCCCCAAAAGACUUGAGCCACAACGAAAUAGACUUGCCAGCACACGAUCCGACCCCGGAAGCGGUUCUGGAUAAGGAACCACGCCAUCAGACGCUACUCUCAACCAAAUCCUGCGAGACGCCGGGCAACAACUCCACGCUCUCGCCCACAAACUCGUACAACGGCAGCAUCGGCAGCGAUGGCAGCAGCAGCGUUGGUGGCGGAGCACGGCGCAAGUCCUGGACCCUGUCGCCCCAGAGCGGCGGCUCCACGCCCCUGAGCGGGGCCAAGAAGAAGACCAAAGCUGUGUCUGCGGUUCCUGGAGGAAUCGCUGCAGUUCCCUCGGGCUGCUCCACGCUGUCCAACGCCAAUGGCGAGAGCUUCAAUCUGUGGGUGGCCCGCGAAUGCUUUGAAACGGUGCCUGCCGAGAUGGUGGACAGCCUCAGCGUGGCCGAGGUGGACGAGGAUGCAGUAGAGGACGAGGAAGACGAAGAGGCGGCCGCCGUGGAGAGUCUGCUGGGAGCAGCCGCCGCCCUGCAGGCCAGCACCAAUGUCCAGCGCCGACAGAAGCACCAGCAUCUCCGCCAGCUCUCGCCGCCGCAGCACCGACCCCUGGAGCGCUCCUGGCCGCCUCGAGCCGUCGGCAGGGAAUUUAAGCUGCAGGGCGAUGUCUUCAAGUUUGACAUCCUGGACACGGACGAGCGUCUCGCGGAGGAGGUGGCCGGCGCCAGCAGCAGCAGCAGCACUCCACAGCAUAACUCCCCUCUGUCCACUCCGCCUGUGCGCUUCAAGCCGCUGAUCAAGAAGAAGAUCGGCCCGGACAGCUACAUCAACACGAUCAGCACGCAGAAGGUGCCAGUGCCGGCGGGGGCGGGUGCAGGGGUCCAGCAGAGCUACGAGUUUCCCCCCACCUUCCCUCUCGGCGGGAGUUCCAACUCGAACCCCAACUCCACCGUCUUUCCGUAUCUUCGCCAGCACCGUCCCCUCUCCCGAGCCCUGUCCAACGGCAAGGGUGCCCCCACGUCCACGGAGGAGCAGCAACAGCAGCACUUGGCCUCCUCGCCGCGCCUGCUCCUCUCGCCCAAGCGCCAGCGGAGUCCUCCCUCCGGCUGCUCCACGAGAAGUGCCUCACCGCUGGAUGUGGCUGCCAGUCCGGAGCAUCACUCACCCACGCGGGGUCGAGGCGUCGGUGGUAUCAUUGCAACGGCGGAGGCGGCGGCGGCUCCCGGAACGACCACAUUCCAUGGCCACCAGCGACCACAGCAGAGGCUUCUCAAGCGGGUGGGAGGAGGAGCUGGAGCGGGAGCUGCAGCAGGAGGAGGAGGGUCAUCAUUGAUCUGCCCACCCACGCCCACACACCAUGCCCGGCGGCAUGCCCGCCUUCAAGCAGUCACUGCCAACUCCAGCCAUCCAGCGGAGUGCUCCUCUAGUCCUCCUCCUUCAUCUAGUCAAUUGGAUUACAUCUACUUGCAGACGACACCGCCCGGGUCGCCAGCGGCCCAGGAGCCAGCAGCCGAGGAGAUGGUCCACAUCAGCAGCACCCGCCUGCCGUCCAUUCCGGAGCGUACAGCAGCAGCGGCGGCAGCUGCAGCAGCAGCAGCAGCCGGAGGAGCAGCCCUAGUAGAGGCCGGAACAGGAGUUGAAGCCGGGGUAGUGGCAGUGGGAGCUGGAGGUGGAGGUGGAGAACCGCCACUGCCACCAGCGUGGGAGGCGCGCAUGGAUAGUCACGGGCGCAUCUUCUACAUAGACCACACCACCCGGACGACAUCCUGGCAGCGCCCAGGAGCGGCGCCUAGCGGCGGACCUGCGGGACGGGAACAGCACCAUCGCCAGCAGUUGGACAGGCGCUACCAGAGCAUCCGUCGGACCAUCACCAACGAGAACCGACUGGCGGUCUAUAGUGUGCCACCCCCGCCCCGGCAGUCGAAUGCAGCGGCGGCGGCGCCCGCUACUGCCCCCGGAGGUGCCGCCGCCGCCCCCACAGCAGCAACGACUGCAGGGACUCCAGUGGCCUCGUCGGGCAUCCAUCCGGCCAUACUGAUGCUCUGUCGGCCCGAUUUCUACUCCCUGCUGCACACGAACGAGGCGGCGCUGACGAUCUACAACCGGAACGCCGCCCUCAAGCACAUGGUGAUGCGGAUCAGGAGGGAUCCGCAGUGCUUCCAGCGGUACCAGUACAACAAGGAUCUGGUGGCCCUCGUCAACACGUUCGCCCAGAUGGGCCGCGAAUUGCCCUCCUGCUGGGAGACGAAGCUCGACCAGUCCGGCAAGCAGUUCUUCAUCGACCACCAGCACCGCAAGACCUCCUUCAUGGACCCGCGCCUGCCCGUCGAGUGUCCGCGCGUCGUGCGCCAUCGGCAGCAGCAGCACCAGCACCAGUCAUACUUCCAUCCGGAUCUCGUGGACGGCAACUGCCUUUCGGCCACCAGUGGCCACAUCAACUCCAGCUCUGGCUCUCCCUCGGCUGCCUCCUCCGCCCUGGGCUCUGUGUCGGGUGUGCCACCCCUGCCCCCGCCUCGUCCCUCCUCAAGCAGCGGCAUCAGCGGAAGGAGCAGCCAUGGCAGCCACGGCGGCCAUGGCGGCCACAACUGCACCACAACGGCGGCCAUCGCCUGUGCAUUCAGUCUGGGCGGAGCAGCGGGUGGAAGCGGAGCCACUGCAGCCGGCUACGACGAUGUGCCUAUUGCCUACAACGAGAAGGUCAUUGCGUUCCUGCGCCAGCCCAACAUCCUGGAGAUACUGCGCGAGCGCCAGGGCCAGCACACGGUGUCCCGUUCGCUGCGCGAAAAAAUCAAUGUGCUCCGAGUGGAGGGCGUGCCGGCUCUAGAGCGGCUGGGUCAUGACCUACAAUUGACCAUUUUGCUUAGCCUGUUCGAGCAGGAGAUCAUGAGCUAUGUUCCUAUUGAAGAGCGGAGUCCCCAGGGCUCGCCGGUGCUCAGCUCGAGGAUGCCGCAACGGGCGCCGCCACCCUUCCGACGCGACUUUGAGGCCAAGCUGCGCAGCUUCUACCGCAAACUGGAGUCCAAGGGCUACGGCCAGGGGCCGCACAAGCUCAAAUUACACAUUCGUCGCAGCCACCUGCUGGAGGACGCCUUCCGUCGGAUAAUGUCCGCCAACAAGAAGGAUCUGCAGCGCGGACGUCUGGCCGUGCUGUGGGACACUGAGGAGGGCCUGGACUAUGGCGGGCCAUCGCGGGAGUUCUUUUUCCUGCUGUCGCGGGAGCUGUUUAACCCCUACUACGGCCUGUUCGAGUACUCGGCCAACGACACGUACACGGUGCAGGUGUCGCCGCUGUCGGCGUUCGUGGACAACUGCCAUGACUGGUUCCGCUUCAGCGGCCGCGUCCUGGGCCUGGCCCUCGUCCACCAGUAUCUGCUGGAUGCCUUCUUCACGCGCCCCUUCUACAAGGCCCUGCUGCGUCUGCCGGUGGCCCUCAGCGACCUCGAGUCGCUGGACAACGAGUUCCACCAGUCGCUGCAGUGGAUACGGGACAACGACAUCGGCACGGGCGUCGACCUGGGCCUCACCUUCUGCGUCACCGAGGAGCUGCUGGGGCGCGUCGUCGAGCGCGAGCUGAAGCCGGGCGGCAAGAACAUGAUUGUCAAUGAGAAGAACAAGAAGGAGUAUUUGGAGCGGAUGAUCAAGUGGCGGCUGGAGCGCGGUGUCCAGGAGCAGACCGAGUCGCUGGUGCGCGGCUUCUACGAGGUGGUCGACUCGCGCCUCGUCUCCGUCUUCGAUGCCCGCGAGCUGGAGCUGGUGAUCGCCGGCACCGCCGAGAUCGACACCAACGACUGGCGCCUGAACACCGAGUACCGGUCGGGCUACCACGACAACCACCAGGUGAUCGUCUGGUUCUGGCAGGUGAUCGAGCGCUUCAGCAACGAGCAGCGGCUGCGCCUGCUGCAGUUCGUCACGGGCACCUCUAGCAUUCCGUACGAGGGCUUCUCGGCCCUGCGCGGCUCAACCGGGCCGCGUCGUUUUUGCAUCGAGAAGUGGGGCAAGCCGAACGCCCUGCCAAGAGCUCACACCUGCUUCAAUCGGCUGGACCUGCCUCCCUACCCCACACCGGAGCUGCUCUACGAGAAGCUGCUGCUGGCCGUCGAGGAGACCAACACGUUCGGCAUCGAGUAGAGGAGGAGAAGUAGGACCCCCGAGUGAUAUUCCCUCAUCCGUUCCUCAUCUAUUCCUCAUCUAUUCCUCAUCCAUUCCCCAUUGUUACACUGCCCCGAGUACCCCCUCCCCACACAUUCCGAAGCGCUUUACAUUGAUUUUGGGUUCUUUAUAACUUGCCUAGUUCUACUGUUAGUUAUUGUACCUACUGUAGUUAUUUAUACAUAUGCAUAUACAUGUACAUAUAUAUACAUAUAUAUGUAUGUAGGAUGCCGCCACUACAGGAAUUCCAAUCCCAUGACAGACCUACGCUACUUUAUGCAUGGCAUCCCAUACCAGUACCCUAGUUCGUAGAUCCUUCCACUGCGUUGCCGUUUACUGAAUUGAAUUGAAGUUACCUCAAGAGCAAAGAGCAAAGGUUUGCCGCUAGCGCCGCCAGUCAUUAGACCUAAGAUUUAUACACGAACCAGAGACGACACCCUAGAACUUAAGAACCCCUUCCCCCACCCCCUCGCUUGACUUUGCCUCUAGUGAAAUUUCCAGCCCCCUAAGCAGUGAGUUAUCCAAGCUUUUGCAGAAUAAAACUCCAACGUAGUAGCAUUCCCCCAAAGAGACACAAAGCUGACAGACAGAGAGAUAGCUAUUCUAUGCCAAUACUUAACUAGCUUGUAAUGUUGUAAUUUCCUAGGCCUUAAAAUUCCUCAAGAACUCAACACUCAAGUCAAGAACAGUCCCUAGAAGAUGAUGUGUGCAUUCCCUUUUGCAUUAGAAAAAUAGAGGAUAGGGUCACCGUUUAAUGAGCGUAUAUGGAUGUUAGUUAUUACUAUAUACAACACCCCUUUUACUCCCCCAAAAAGUACGUAAAUUGUUUUUAGAUUUACACAACCCAAAACCCCAAAGCCCCAAAACCCCAAAAUCCAAUCCAUAAUGUAAGGGCGCCUCCUCUGUCUGUGCAUGUGAGUCUUGGAAGAGUCUGGAAGAAUGAAGUUGAAGUUGAGUCGGAUGCAUCUCUGGCACACACGCACAGAGGGGUCCCGGAUCGGGGGUCUAUAUGAGUAUUGAGUAUAUUAUAUAUACACUAAAAUGGCUGCUGUUUUGCCAAACAAAAAUGAUAUGAUUGAUUAUUGGUCCAGUGAGCGUUGCUUUGGCUUUAUUGGUUCUUUCGACGCAUACAAUUAAACGAUAAUACAAUUCGAUUAUUACGAUUACACGAAAACCAUUCAACACUUAGCUAAAUAAUUGAACGGAUAAUGAAACAAAAAGAAACAAGUUUAUAUGAUUAUUAUUGAUCGAAAGCUAAAACAAACGCUAACGACGAAAUGGUGAUUUCUUUACAUGUAUUUUUGGCAUUAGUUUAGUUGAAUACGGAACGUGGACGAGACAGACAGAGACAGAAACAGCCAGACAGAGACAGAGAUAGAGGUAGAGCUACGCUGCUGGCAAAGAUGAUUUGGAGAGAGAUGGCGAUAAAGACAUGCCAGAGAAAGAGACAGAGACAGACAGAAGCUGAGAAAGAUAAACGCUUUUUGAACUACUUAUGGAUAAACGACGAAUGUGUUUUAAUGAAUUAUUAUUAUUAUUAAUGUGCGUGUAUUUAUGAACAAAUUAACUAUAAUUAUAAACAAAUAAAUGUGAGCCUUUUACUUCAAAAGCAAA